AUGCCGGCGGACCAACGAAUCCCAGGAACCGGAGUCUUUCAUAUGAACUCUGCGUCGCAGAAACCCAGGUGGACUAGGGCGAGUACAUCCAAAUGCGAUGAGGAAAAGCCCACCUGUAAGAGAUGCAGGAAGGACAAAAUCAAGUGCGAUGGAUACUUAGACCCCAGUAACACCCGACAAACCAAGCGGUCACGGGGUACUACGGCUGCAUCAUUUGUACUAGCGCACCGAUCGGAGGCAUCAAUGGCACUCUUAUCGCCACCGGUCGACUGGGGUAUUUCAGGGACGAGUACAGAGAGGUUAAUGUUCUAUCACGUCCACAGCUGUACGGUUCCGGAUUUGACAACUUCAACGCCACUCGCAAAGCUGUGGGACAACUACAUCCUACCCCUAGGCCAUUACUCAGACUCGGUCAAGCAUGCUAUCGUGGCCCUCGGUGUCGCACAUAAGGCGUUUUUGGAGGAUUCCUCUGUUGCGUCGCACAAAGCUGACAAUCCAUGGGGGCUAAGCAGUUUAGCUACAGAACAUUAUCAAAGAGCCGUUUCCGAGGCCAUCCUUGUUAUGGCAGACUUGUCGACUGUUAAUAUUCGCAUCACCCUUAUCUGCUGCCUGGUAUUCAUCUGCUAUGAGAUUGUCCGAGGUCAGUAUGAUAAGGCUGUUCAACAUCUAAGGUCUGGGGCGAAGGUGCUAGAGUUACUUCAUCAAGCAGCACUAGCGUAUCGGCACAACCCAGCCUCGGUUUCAACUUACCAUAAGUGUCUAGCUGAGACUGUUGAUAAACAUUAUGAUCAGCUCUGCGAUAUUGCCAGUAUGUUUCUAUUUGUGGGCAUGGAUACUUCGAUGCUCAUGAAAGAAAACGUUAUCCCCGAUCUAUCAUUCUUCACGCAACAAGAGAAACAAGACCAAACUAAGCCAUUCGCUAAUGCUUUAGAGGCUCGCUUCCAAUUCCACAUGGUGGCGGUAUUGUUCUGGAAGGCGUAUGGCGGGACUGUGAUGGACGCUCACGACGCAGAAUCAUCGGCAUCGUGUGCCAGCAAGGUGUCAACAGCACCGGUUUCAAAACAAGCUGAACUAAAAGAGGCCGAGACACGUUUCAAAAUGUGGUGCAUCCGCUUCGAUAGCUCUGAUGGGCUACUCCAAGAACACCUAAAGCCGAUCGACCAAGAGGGGUUUGAAUCACUACGCUUUUCUAGGCGGAGCUGGGAAGUUCUUAACUAUGCCAACUCGGCUUCCGAGAUGAAGCACGCAAAUAAAGCGGAGCUACAAGAGAUUGUCGAUAUAGCUGAAGACCUCGUUUUGUCUAAACCAAGCGCUUUGAGGCCGACUUUCUCUCUGGCGGCGGACGUUGUUCCCACGCUAUCGUAUAUAUGCGCCUUUUGCGGCAAUGAGAUAUUGGAGAGAAGAUGCGUCGAUGUACUUCGAAGAAUGAGGAGGAGGGAAGGCUUGUGGGACAGCCGAGAGAUGGCAAAUCUCCAUGAAAGUAUCCUCAAGGCUAAGUUGGAUAAUAAUUGGCAAAACGAGUACAGUCAUGAGAUUAUUCCGAAGGUUGUGAGGAGGAUAAACGACAUCUCCAUAUCUAGGAGGAAAAGGACACCUACACCUUCACUGUUGACAUUAUUUGAGGUCAAGUGA